UUUAGAGAUAUCUGAUUUUGUAUUAUCGUAUGGUGCAACGACCUGUCGUCUAUACCCAACCAAAUGAAUGAAAGAAGAAUGGGCUUUAAGGCCAGCCCAAUGGGUUGUGUCUUAAAACAUUGUGAUUUGUAAAGAAAUCUCACACCUUUUGAAAGAAGCGCUCCGAAGACAUUUAGAUAGCCGUUACUAACAAUAGCUACACACCACUGCACAUAUUUUCUUUUCUCACUCUAUAAUCCAACGGCUCUCCACGCUUUCAAUUCAAACUCUAGUCUCAUCAAAACCCUACAUACUCACACACACUCUCUCUCUCUCUCUCUCUCUCCCACUUCACUACACCCUUUCAAUUCCCUCUCUCGCUUUCUCUCUCUCUCUCUGCCAUUUUAAGUUCUAACGUCCUCAUUUUGUAUGCCAUGGAUGUUAUGAACUUGACAGAUCCAACGGUGGAAAUGCCCCCAGUUAACUGCGAUCACGCCAUUCCUUCUUUAUCUUCUUUCGCAGAAAUAGUUGAAGAAACUGCCAAUUCUACCAACGAGAAUAGUGAAUCGAGCAGAAACCAAGAAACUUCAUCAGCUCAGGAGCCCACAUUGCCAAUAUUACAAAAAAUCAUUAAUUUGAGCUAUCAAAUUCAGAAUUUGAAGAAAGAGCAUUCAAUUCUUUCCAAUCAAGUUAAGACUGUUAAUGCGGAUUCCUUUCCUGGCUCUCAAGUCUUGGACACUCUUCGGCUACUCUGUAAUGAACAUGAACUUCUAAAGAAGAAGUACCUAGAAGAGUCGUCUGAACGCAAACGGCUUUACAAUGAAGUAAUUGAGCUUAAAGGCAAUAUCAGGGUCUUCUGCAGAUGUAGACCAAUAAAUCAAGUUGAAAGUGCCAACGGUUCCACUUGUGUGGUUGAAUUUGACUCGUCUCUCGAAAAUGAACUGCAUAUUACUUCCUCUGAUGCUUCGAGAAAGCAAUUUAAAUUUGAUCACGUUUUCAAACCGGAAGAUAACCAAGAAGCUGUUUUUGCAGAGACUAAACCCAUAGUGUCUUCAGUUUUGGAUGGCUAUAAUGUGUGCAUAUUUGCAUAUGGGCAAACUGGAACAGGGAAGACUUUCACAAUGGAGGGCACCCCUGAGAAUAGGGGAGUUAACUACAGAACGCUGGAGGAGUUGUUUCGGAUUUCUCAAGAGAGAAGCCAUGUUAUGAGAUAUGAGCUCUUUGUCAGCAUGCUGGAGGUGUACAAUGAGAAGAUAAGGGACCUCUUGGUGGAAAAUACCAACCAGCCCCCGAAAAAGUUGGAAAUAAAGCAAGGAGCAGAAGGUUCACCAGAAGUUCCUGGACUUGUUGAAGCUUGUGUCUAUGGCACAGAGGAAGUAUGGGAGCUACUCAAGUCUGGAAACCGAGCCAGAGCAGUUGGAUCGACCAAUGGUAAUGAGCUUAGCAGCCGCUCUCACUGCUUGUUGCGAGUAACUGUUAAAGGGGAGAAUUUAAUAGAUGGACAAAAAACAAGGAGUCACCUUUGGCUGGUAGAUUUGGCUGGUAGUGAGCGUGUGGGUAAGAUAGAAGUUGAAGGAGAAAGGUUGAAGGAGUCCCAGUUUAUUAAUAAGUCUCUUUCAGCACUUGGUGACGUUAUUUCUUCCCUUGCAUCAAAAUCAGGCCACAUUCCGUUCAGGAACUCGAAGCUCACUCAUAUGCUGCAGAGCUCUCUAGGAGGAGAUUGCAAGACUUUGAUGUUUGUUCAGAUAAGCCCAAGUGCUGCUGACCUUGGGGAGACUCUUUGCUCAUUAAAUUUUGCCAGUCGAGUUCGUGGAAUUGAAAGUGGCCCUGCUCGCAAGCAGACAGAUUUCUCUGAGCUUUUUAAGUAUAAGCAAAUGGCAGAGAAGCUACAGCAUGAUGAGAAGGAAACAAAAAAGUUACAGGAGAAUUUGCAAUCCUUGCAGUUAAGGCUUGCUGCCAGGGAGCAGAAGUGCAGAAGCCUUCAAGAAAAGGUACGAGAACUAGAAAAUCAAUUGGGAGAAGAAAGGAAGACCAGACUAAAGCAGGAAACCAGAGCGUUUGCGACUGCUUCAUCUCAGCCUUCAUUGCCAUCUUUGAAGCUAGCAGCAGAGAAGACCAAGAUAGAGAAGAAACCUCCUUUAGCUCCUUCAAAACUUAGGAUGCCAUUGCGAAGAAUCUCUAAUUUCAUUCCUCCCCCAUCUCCACUCCAAACCAAGAAAUUUAACGCUAGUGCUUCAGCUGUCCGAUCUUCAGUGCAAGACAAAGAAAACAUUGCAAGAAAUACAAUGGGAGAAAGAGGCACGAAAAGUCUUUUGCAACCAAGACGUAUUUCUGUAGCUGUCAGAGCUCCUCUUACAAUAUCUACACAGGUUCUUCAGCCCAGAAGAAGGGUAUCUAUUGCUACUCUCCGCCCGGAGCUAAAUUCAGACUUGACAACACCGCUCCGCACUUCUGGCUCACAAUUAAAGAACAGUGGUGCUAUGGGAAGACAGUCAUUCAUGAAGGACCCAAGAAAGGCCAGAUAUUCAAGAUUGUUCUCACCAUUGCCAGAAUUCCAGUCAGCGUCAGAGACAACACCAACAGCCAUAAGAAGCAGUAGUAAAUUCAUGGGUAGCCCUCCAGCAGCACAGGCAGGUCCAUGGAAGCCAAGGCAUCCUACAGUUGUUGCAUUGCAACGAAAAUCGUUGGUGUGGAGUCCCCUCAAGUUGAGAGGACCGAAAAAUUACAGGAAGUCAUCUAUAUUGCCUUAUCGACCCUCAACUGAGAUGCAUUGAGACAUUGUAUGUAGUUGGCAACUACCCCUUUGCUUGGCAAAAGAUUUUAUAAUUCCCUGGGGUAUAUAUAAUUGAGUCAAUUUUCAUUCCCUGGGGUAUCUAUCACACCAAAAAUUGUAUGCUUCUUGCCUACUUACUAAUUGAGUCAAUUUUAAUUCAAACUGUUGUCCAUUUCUGUCUCA